AUGACUAUCCCGCAGGAAUGUACUGUGCUGGUAGUGGGUGGUGGCCCUGGGGGCUCGUAUGCUGCCUCAGUACUCGCACGAGAGGGCAUUUCUACCGUCUUGUUGGAAGCUGAUCUGUUUCCUCGAUACCACAUCGGCGAGAGCCUUUUGCCAUCUACACGGGAAUUUUUGAAAUUCAUUGACGUGUAUGACAAGUUCGAAAGCCACGGAUUCAAACACAAGAAUGGAGCUUCAUUCAGCUAUAAUAGCAAGCCUGCAGCAUACACAAACUUCCUUGCAUUUGGUGGACAUGCAUGGAAUGUGGUCCGCUCCGAAUGCGAUCAGAUUCUUUUCGAGCACGCUGGGCAUAGCGGAGCUAAAACAUUUGACGGAGUCAAGGUAAAUGCAAUUGAUUUUGAGCCAACCGGCUGCCAGGAAGAUCGUGGCAAUGGCAAGCUAGGACGGCCAGUGUCUGCUUCGUGGACACGCAAGGACAAAAGCGCCAGCGGCACGAUUCGACUCAAGUACUUGGUAGAUGCCAGUGGCAGAGCUGGUAUAAUUAGUACCAAAUAUAUGAGAAAUCGCAAAUAUAACGAAGGCCUCAAGAAUAUCGCGACUUGGGGCUAUUUCGAGAGCGCUGGAGUGUAUGGCAAGGGUACCCCGGCAGAAGGGGGUCCAUUCUUCCCUCGGCUCAAAGAUGGAACUGGCUGGGCCUGGUUCAUUCCUCUCCACAACGGGACAACAUCUGUUGGGUUGGUCAUGCAACACACCAGCUUCACGGCCAAGAAGAAGGCUAUGGAGUCACCGAGCACGCGGGAAUUUUUCAUGCAGUACGUGCAUGAUGCUCCGAUGAUUUUUGAACUGCUGGAAAAUGCCAAACUCGUUUCAGACGUCAAGUCGGCUACCGACUGGUCCUAUAGCGCCCCAACCUAUGCCAGUCCCUAUAUUCGAAUUGUUGGGGAUGCUGGGUGUUUCAUUGACCCAUUAUUCUCAUCAGGUGUCCAUUUGGCAUUCACUGGGGCGCUCUCUGCCGCCGCCUCCAUCUGUGCGGCGAUCAAAGGGGACUGCACUGAGCAUACUGCGGUCGGUUGGCACUCGGAGAAGAUCCGAGAGGCUUAUACCCGGUUUUUACUUGUGGUUACGAGCGCAUACGCCCAGAUCACUGGGCAGGAGCGUCCGGUCUUGAAUGAGUAUGACGAGGAGAAUUUUGAUCGUGCUUUCAGCUUCUUCCGACCUAUUAUCCAGGGUACCGUAGAAGUAGGUGGAGGGAAAUUGAAUGCUAAAGACGUGGCCGACUCGGUGGAGUUUUGCAUGCGAGUGAUUCGCAAGGUUGAUGGUACCCAUAACAUGGCUUCAAAUGGAAAGCAGCUGUGUGAGGAUGAACGGGGCGAGUUGACCUGUGAUCGUAUCAAGAAGGAGGAGCUCAAAUCGGAUCUCAACAAAUUCCGUGUUGACGCUGUUAACGGGAUGGUUGUUAACCUUGAACAGGGGGCUCUGGGGUUGGUUCAAGCGGUUUGA